GCUCAAUGAAGUAGAUUUAUUGAAAUAAAUAUCAGUAUAUUGCUUGAUUUAAAGAUUAGAGGAACAUUACGAAAUACUUUCGAUCAUACAAGAAUAGUUCAAACAGUAAAUUGUAAUCAUGUCAGCUGAACUGAAUUUAGAAGAAUCGAUCAAGGUUUUCAUUAAAACUGCUGACGAUCAUCUCGAUCAAGAAUUAGCAGGGAAUGUUGACUCAGAGCUGUCUAAGCAACUGUUUGAAGCAGCAGAAAAUUUGGUUGCAGCAUCCGAUGAAAUGUUAGAAGAUGAUCUGAAAAAAGAGCUUAAGGAAUUAAAACGUGUUUUGAUUCCAUCAGAAAGUGACAUUGAGUCAGCUCAAGUACUAGCGGAAAUUGUAUAUGCCAUCAUUUCAGCUUCAAUAAUGGAAUUUACAAAAGGAUUUUUCAGUCAACUUGGAAAACAUUCAGCUGACAAAUGUUUCAAGGUGCUCGAGAAAUGGAUGGAUUCCGAAGGAGAAUUUAUGCAAAAGUCAAAACAGCUCCUAAAGAAAAAGUUAGGAAAGAACGAAGAACAAGUCGAUAUUGAGUUGGUAGAAUUAAAUAUUCAGUAGUAAAAGUAAAUUAACUCGUUUUUAAAUUUAUUUUGAAAAAAUAUUAAAAUGAAGCAUCAAUUAAUUC